CGUGUUGGGGUUAUGUCUUGCUUGUUAAAAAUAUGUUUUGUUAUUGUUAAUUGUUGCUAGUUGCUACAGUUUCAUCGUCUUGUCCUUGUCGUUACUCUAGCUAUUUCGUGAUAGUUCUAUAGCAACUAAUUAUUUCUUAAAUUUAUAAAUCAAAUACGUUUUUAAAGCUGUUUUAGUGUUCUGACAACAUUAGAUCCAAUUGUACAAACUACCCUGUGAGUGUACCUGGUACCAUUUACCAUUUACCACGUAGUCCUCGCCACAAUCUUCAGAUCGGGGAGUCGUCCGAUUUCUUCCCUCUUGGAAGGGUCUUGAAGAAGUUGCUCAUUUGAGGUGUUGGCAUGAAAAAAUACUCCACUGAGAAUAAGACUUGAAUUCCACUUAGAUAUUUUGAUCUACUUUUGGAGGUAUGGUGAGUUGUGAGUGCCCAGGGGAUGCAGUCGGGCGCCGAGUGGCUGUGGGAGAACACCGAGGUACCGUACAGUAUGUCGGCGCUGUACCCCCGGCGCCAGGCGUGUGGCUUGGUGUGGAGUGGGACGAUCCCUCUAGGGGUAAACAUGACGGCAUGUACAACGGCGUCAGAUACUUCCAGACCAGACUUCCUACGGCAGGAUCGUUCGUCAGACUAGAGAAGGCGGACUUCGGCCGCUCGUGUGUAGCUGCCAUCCAGGAAAGAUAUGGCAACAAUGAUGUCACACUUACGGUGGAGGAGCUGCAGGAUCUGCAAAGAGCUAUGAAUGCCCCAAAUGUUGAGAUGGUCGGUUUUGAGAAAAUCAACCAGUUGCAGAGGUGUUUCUCCAACCUACAGGUGGUGUGUCUAAGCAAUCAGCAAGUGUGGUGUGCUGGGGAAGGAUUGGACUCUAUGUGUCCCAAUGUACAAGAGAUUGACCUCUCCUACAAUCUUUUCACCUCGUGGGACCAGGUCGCUGAAAUAGUUGUCAACUUUCCUAACCUCAAGUUUCUCCGUCUCAACAAUAACAGACUAAGAGUACCAGAAAACCCUGAAAAAUUCCAGUUAGCCUUCAGAAGUCUUUCUCAUUUAGUUCUCGGAAACAUGGAUUAUACCUGGGAAGAAAUAUGUACCUGUUCGAAAAUGUGGCCUCAAAUUGAAAGCUUACAAGUGCCUUUUAACAACAUCACCACCAUUUGUUUGCCAGAAAAUACAUUGGUUAACUUGACAAACCUUGAUCUGGAAGGGAACCCAAUAAUGGAAUGGAAGGAAAUAAAUCAGCUUGGUAAACUUGACAGGCUGGGAACACUUAACCUCUCCUCCCUUGGUCUGACAGAUAUAAGUCUGCCUGAAUCACAAAGUUUGUUCAAAACCCUUCACUGCCUCUUGAUUUCAGACAAUAAAAUUAGCAAGUGGGAGUCUAUUUCUGAGCUGCACAAACUACCAAAGCUACAUGAGCUACGGUUUUCCCGCAACCCCUUGCUGGAGAAUAUGAAAGUAGAAAGCGUUCAUUAUAAGAUCAUAGCAAGAAUAGGACCCCUUCAAAUUUUGAACGGUAGCCCUGUCACUAAAGGGGAUCGUAGAGGAGCUGAGAUGGAAUACCUGAAAGAACAUGGGAGAGAGUGGUUGGAGUGUACCAAAAAUGAAGAACUUAAAGCACAGUUUGUGGCAAAACACCCACGAUACCCUCUUCUAAUAAAAAAACACGGUGUAUGUGAGGAGUCGGAGUUGGAGGUGAAGUGUCGAUCUCUCAAGUCGGACUUGGUUCAUGUCAAGUUUGUCAGCAACGAUGGGAAGACCAUUAAAAAGACUGUCCCAAGCACCAUGUUGCUGAGUAGACUAACGGGCCUUGUACAACGGCUGUUCAAUACUGGCAAUGCCGAACCUACUCUGUGCUACCACAGUUGUAAGAACAGUGAAAUCGAAGUUAAGAUGGAUGAUCCACUAAAAUCUUUGGACUAUUAUUCUAUCGAAGACGGGGAUGAAAUUCAAGUUCAAUGGUGAAAUAACUGAUAAGUUCACCAUCUUGUGUAUAUUUUUGUUAUUAUUAUUUGCUUAAAUUGUGAUAUUAACAUUAGUUUUAUGAUUUUCUAAAUAAAUAUGUUAAAAUUGAA